GCGACGGGCUCGGUGAACGAAGAUGUCAUCGAGACGGCUAUUUGUGACGGCAACGACAAGUACCAGGCCUGGCAGCUCAAGGUGAUCGAGGAGUUGCCGCAGCACCUCGACGACGAGUACGGCGGCCACUAGAGGGGCUUCGCCCGCGGGCCCCGGCACCAUAUACUCCCCCAAAAACAAAACAACAAAAUCGCUCCUCUGCGCCGGGGCCUCUCUGACAUAAGUCUACAUCACGUUCUCUCUCUCACAGCUCACUCAACCCUGCACGCCACCCGUUCUAUCUAGCGGCUGUAAGACACUAGCAAACAAGCCACCAAACCAAAAGAGCAGUAGUGUACGGCGCCAUCGAGCGAGCAAAAGUUCUCCGUCGCAGCAGCAGAGCUGCUCCUAAGCUGCUACGGCCGCAGCGCUGCAAGAACGAGCGCAAGAUCGAGCGCUGUGUCAUUGCUUGGGAGAGCCUGCAAGGAGAGCAGCCAUGGCUCGGCGGCUCCUACUGCUGUAUCCGGCGCUCGCCACCGCCGUAGUCCUCCGUAGGACUCCACUGACACCCUUGAAGGUGACCGGCAAGGACGCCGGCGCCUUCCUGCACGCGAUGUUGAGCGCGGACGUGAGCACGCUACGACCGAACAGACACGUCGACGCCUGCCUCCUGACGGGCCAGUCGACGCUGACGGACCUGAUAACAAUAGCACGUUGCCAGGAAGAGUGGCUCCUGCUCUGCGAGGACGUAUCGACCGUCGUCCGCGAGCUCGAGAAGCGGAGGGUCAUCGAGGAUGUAACAUUCACAGAGAAAGACGCGGCGGUCUUCGACGUGUUGCAUGGUGACGCCGUCGCCGACGCGCUCGCCGACACGGCGCUAUCAUUGGAACCGACCGCAGUGUACCACAACGACGACGUAUGGGCGUUGGGCGGCACGUCGCUGCGAGAAGCCGGCGGCCGCAUCAUUACAAAUGCCGACGAUGGUACAAUUGACGCCUGGGAGCGGGCUAGAGUCGAGAAGGGCCGGCCGCGGUCCGGCUUCGAGUUCAGUACAUCGUACGACAGCAAAUUACUGGAGAGUUGUGGUCCCCUCGAGAGCGGCCUCGCCUUCGCGUGCGCCGAGGGCAAGUGCUACCUGGGCGCGGAGCUCGUCGGUAAAAGACGGAAGGCGCCGUCCUUAAGGUGCCGGCUGCGCGGUUUACGUUUUGAGGAAGAAGUCGAUCUCAGACCCGGCACGGCUUUCGGGGAGGGCGUCCUGACUUCUGUGAAUGGUAAAAACGGCCUCGCGUUUAUUGAACGGAAGGCAAAUCUGAAGAUAGGCGACGCCGUGACCGUCUCCGGUGUUCCCGCGACGCUCGCCGCGCUCGAGUUUAGCGACUGCGAGGAGGACGCGGAGGAGGAGGUCGUCGUCGCGGAACCGUCGGAGAAGGAACGCAAGGCAGCGAAGCUGGCCGCCAUGCAGGCGAAAUUGGCGGCCGCCGGCCUCGCGAAGCCCGACGAGGCCGACGCCGCGGCUGCAGAGGCGGCCAGAAAGGCCGCGAAAUUGAAAGCGAUGCAGGAAAAGCUCGCCGCCGCAGGCCUCGCGAAGGCCGACGAGGCCGACUCAGAAGCUGCGGAGGCUGCCAGGAAGGCUGCGAAGUUACAGGCCAUGCGGGAAAAGCUCGCCGCGGCGGGGCUCCCGACGCCCGACUAAGACUAGUGAUGUGAUUUUGCCUCGCGUCGACGGCGUUUGGUGGAAUAGGGGUCCUCGCCAUGCCUCGCCGCGACGGGCCAAGUCACGUGAACAGCGGGUGGUAGAGACCCCCCACGCCGUCGCCGCGACGAGAGUCAGAUGAACAAAGAAGGGUCC